AUGGAUUCUACAGGACUCGAGAGCAUCACCUUCGAUUGUAAAGGCGAAAGGCCAUACGUUGGUGUAUUCGACGACAGAAUACUUAGGCAUGAACCAAAUUUUGGUUGGAAAGAAUUUGCUAUUCCUUCAUUAACCAGGGAAAGUAGGUUAUGUGACGGGUCGACAAAUCCCAUGCUUGAACCUGUAUGUGGAAGUGCUUUUGGUUUAAAAUUUAACGACGCAACAUGCGAUCUUUAUAUUGCAGACGUAUACUUUGGUUUGCUAAUGGUUGGACCCAAAGGGGGCGUAGCACAAGUUCUUGUCAAUUCAUUCGAGGGAAUCCUAUUUAGAUUUAUAAAUGGGUUAGACAUCGAUAUCAACACGGGAGUUGUUUAUUUUACAGAUAUCAACAUUAUUUUACAAAGGAGGUAUUUCUUUUCUUUACGAUCAUCAACUGAUCGAACUGGAAGAUUGUUUAGAUAUGAUCCGCGUACAAAAAAGGCAUCUGUAAUGUACAAAGGUUUAAUGUUUCCGAAUGGGGUGGCUUUGAGCCAAAAUCGUUCUUUUCUGCUAGUAGCAGAAACUAUACGAAUGAGAAUAUUAAAAUUCAACCUUAGAGAUAAAGGUGGAUUAAAUAAUAACUAGCCAAAAGUGAUUGCUGAGUUACCUAGAAUUCCUGAUAACAUUAAGAUGAAUGAUAAAGGAGAAUUCUGGGUAAAAACUAGUAAUGAUGGGUCGAAUCCUAUAGGAGUCAAAUACGAUGGAGAAGGUUCUAUUUUACAAGAAUUGGACGGGAAUGGAGGAGCUAUAUUUAAUUCUAUUAGUGAAGUGAACGAGGUGAAUCAAACAUUAUACAUCCGUUCGAUCGUAAAACCUUAUGUUGGGAUUUUAAAAUUUUAA